AUGGAGGAAUGCCGCCCGAAUAAACGAAAGCGCACGACCCUAGCAUGCGAUGCCUGUCGAGCGCGGAGAACCAAGUGCGACGCGCAGAAGCCGUCUUGUCGUUACUGUCAAACCCACGGACUUGACUGUCUCUACCAAGAGGCCCCAGCGGAGCCCCCAAGUCGUGUGGAAGCGGAGCUGAAUGGAGUGAAUAAACGACUAGAUCAACUAAUCAGCUUAAUGCUUCCAGCGGAGGCCACUUCCCUGGAUGUUCGUGUUGGAGAUCCGCCUACUGAAUAUCGUGAUUCGGCAGAUCAAGAAAAUUCGCCGUUUGAUUUGCCUUCCAAGCUACUUGGUAAUUCGUCUGUUAUGCAUGCGCUUGGACUACAUGCAGAUUUUGCGCAGGUCCUAACCCGAGGGGAACGAGCUACCGGAUUCGAGGGCCAUGCCAAUGCAGGUACACGGAUGCUUAUUGUUCAUCAUCGGCAUUCAGUGAGCGCAUUGGCUGCAUUCUCCGCUCGCGUUCACACCUGGUAUCCCAUUUUUCCCUCGGGAUUUACAGAGGAGUACUUCCGGGUACUCUCCGGUCCCUUACAUCCGUCUUCAGAAUCUUGCCUUUCCCUUCUUGUGGCUGCACUCGGCCAUCUAGUAGCGGAAGAUGAGGAAUCCCUAGAUAUCCCAUACUUUCAAACAGCUCUCACCUCGCUGCCAAUCAUCAUCGCUGAGUGUAGUAUCCGCAGUGUGCAAUGUUUGAUGUUGAUAAGUUUGUAUUAUUGCUGUCUAUUGAAGCCUUAUCAAGCUCACGACUAUUGCUUGAUUGCGUCUUCCAGGAUUCAGAACUUGAUCAAGAGUGGACUGGAAGGCGAUGACCUAAAUACCGUUGAACAAUCUCGGCGAGCGUACUGGGGUGCGCUAUUGCUUGAGAACGAGAUUGGCGGCCAAUUGGAUGUUGCCAAUAGUGGUAUCUGGUGCCUGGAUGAACAUGUUCCACUGCCACUAUGCCACGAGACAUGGCAGUUUACGCCGGAGAGUACAUCGCCAGAAAUUGCCGCGCCUGAUUCCCCGCAUUUUGCACCAUCCACUAAUGCAAGCGUGAAAAAUAUGCAAUCAUAUUUCCUUGCUGAGAUUGCCAUGAGACGUAUGCUCCAUCGAUGUAAUACAGCUGUUCAGGUGACGUCCGCCGGAAAAUACGUCUAUGCACCAGGUAUCGCACUGGAACUAGAACGCCAGCUCGAGGAAUGGUAUUGCUGCUUACCCGAAAUGGACCGUUUUGGAAAAGGCGAUGUGUUGCAGCCAUUAGAACCGGUCGAUUUACUAUCAUGUCCUCUGUCAAACUUCCUACGGGUCCAAUACUACUGCUGCAAGCUUUCCAUAUAUUGGCCGGCUGUUUAUCAGGCGAUGAAGGAUGGAGCUACUACAAACCUCCUUCUGGAUCAUUGCCGGAGAUUCUUCGAUUCUUACGUGAUGUUAAUACCGAGUAUUAUUGCCGCAUUCAAUGACUGCCGGGUGAAUAGGUGGACAUUAUUUAUUAGGUGGGUUUACCUCUUGUGA